UCAAUAAACAGGAAUGUGAUUAAACUUUACUUUUGAACCUGUUGAUAAUGAAAAAAAUACUGACUAAAAAACAUGAGAAACCUUUAAAGUAGCAUCAUUUGAUCUUGUGUCCUUCAAAUGGAGCCUCAACUCGUUAUCAAGAGAAAAUCACUGCAUUAACACUGCAUAUCCUCCAAAUUGAAGUUAAAAUGGGGAAAAACUGUAGAACACGGAUUGAAUCCAGUGGUGUUGGCUUAUCCCCUUUCAAAUGCCAUGAUUGGGGUUUCUACCUAAGAAGCAGCAAAAGUUCUUGAUCCCUGUCCCUGUUCAGUGAAUUCCCCUUUUCACUGAAAACUAGUAUAUGUUUGGCUUCAAUAUGGAUUGUAUUUGAUUAAAGCUAAUGUUCACUGGCCUAACAUUUGAUCAUCGAUGCUGAAAGACCAAUUCUUAUUUUAGACUAGGUUUGGGUGAGGCUUGUGGUAAAGAAAGAAAAUGAUAAUAACAUUUUCAGACCAAUACAUUCUUUUUUUUUCUAGGAUUCUUGGCUAUCCAAAUCUUCACCGAGGAUCUCAGAAGAAAGUCAGAUGGUUCCCCGUUAGGAGGCUCUUCGCCCAACCUUGUCUCAGUCUCAGGAUUCCUUACAGAUUUUUAAAGACAGGUCACAUUGCUCCACCCGCCCGAAGUGGGCACCGCUGUGUUGCUGAUAAUUCAAGCCUUUAUGUGUUUGGUGGCUACAAUCCAGACUUUGAGGAGUCGGGUGGUCCAGGGAAUGAAGCUUACCCACUUUUCCGAGAGCUCUGGCGAUAUCAUUUUGCUUCUGGUAUUUGGCAGCAAGUUGGUACAGAGGGAUUCAUGCCCAGAGAGCUAGCAUCAAUGUCAGUUGCUUUACAUGGUAAUAACUUGUUGGUGUUUGGAGGCACCGGCGUCCCUUUUGGCGAGAGCAGUGGGAAUGAUGUUCACGUGUGCAACGUUAACUACAAACGAUGGGCACUGCUUAAUUGUCGAGGGAAGAAACCCAGCCGCAUCUAUGGGCAGGCAAUGGUGAUCAUAAAUGGUUACCUGUACAUAUUUGGUGGGACAACUGGUUAUGUUUACAACACAGACUUACACCGACUAGACCUUACGGCUCGAGAAUGGAUACAGCUGAAACCAAAUAACCCUCCUAGUGACUUACCAGAAGAAAGGUACCGACAUGAAAUUGCGCACGAUGGACAGAGGAUAUAUAUACUGGGUGGGGGAACAUCAUGGACAACCUAUCCACUAGAUAAGAUACAUGCCUAUAAUCUGGAGACUAAUACAUGGGAGGAGAUACAAACAAGACCGCAGGAGAGAACGGGUUUCCCAGCACCUCGAAGAUGUCAUAGCUGUGUACAAAUAGGACAUGAUGUGUAUGCAUGUGGCGGAUAUAAUGGCGAGGUGAUACUUGGGGAUCUGUGGAAGCUCAGUUUACAAAAUUUCCAGUGGGUUAAACUGCCUGCAGAAAUGCCUGAGCCAGCUUAUUUCCAUACUGCAGCAGUCACCCCGGCCGGCUGUAUGUAUGUACACGGUGGAGUUGUCAAUAUUCACGAGAACAAGCGGACUGAUUCUCUCUAUAAAAUCUGGCUGGUGGUGCCCAGCCUAUUUGAACUUUGUUGGGAGAGGUUACUGAAGAGCCUCCCACAAAUAACACAGUUCUCAACGACACAGCUGCUCAACCUUGGACUUACACCAGGACUUGUGGAAAGACUUAAGUGACUGCUGGUGAGGAUAUGGAGAAACACACUUCUGCAAUAUGGGUGACGUUGGAGGAAGCUGCUGGGAAGAAUACUCCUCAAGGCCUUAUCUGCCAUAAGUGUUGGAUGAAUGUUAAAUUUCUAAACAUUCUGUCACUUUUUGCAUCGUGCCACUGACUGAACCCAAUUUUCCCUGUUCCUCAAGCCAAAUUGGAGCUUGCUUUAGAAAUUGACUUUAAACUCUUCCUCGCCCCAAGGUUGCUCCAGUUUUCAGGUGCAGGUCAGCCUGCCGCUGAAAGGGGCUUUGCUUACAAGUCCAACAAAUUUCCGUCCAGUUAUUUGUCACAAUUUGAGAGAUAUUGCUGGUGGCUGCUUUGCCUUCCCACGUGCCAAUUUCUUCCAAGAGCGUUGGAUUCUGGCAGGUCUCUUUUUACUUUUUAAUUCAUACUUCACUUGCUCUCUGAUUUGUACACGUCCAGUGUUUUCUGUCUUGAUAUUGGAUUUUUACCUUUUUUCUCUGGUGCAACCCCCACCCUGUCAUUUGGAAAUGUAUCUCAGCUUGGGGCAUCCCCUUGCCACCAAUCCACCUCUUUUUUUUUUUUAAUCUUCCUCCCAGCAAGAGCCAAAAAUCCAGUGUCUGCCUUAAAUGUUAAAUUUAAAUGUUAAAUCACCAUGAAUUCUUUUUGUAAUCCUAAGGAAUCUGAUCCAAUGCUACUGCGUGUCAAUUGUGUGCUUGUUUCAGCUUUGCUGUUUUUGUUUAGUUUGCUGUUGUGUGUGUGUGUAUGUGAUUUAUUUUUAUAAUGUAUUGUUCUUGUGUGGAGCAAAGGAAAAGAAAACAUCCACUUUCACCCUAGGUUUAGGCUGCUUUAUGGUAGCCUAUGAUUAGAAUUUGAUGGCAAAUGGGUCUGAGUGAGUUGAGGGGGCUGCUCUAUUUAUUUAAUGAGUAGGUGAUCUGGGACCAUUCAGUCCAUGUCCAGAUCCCCAACAUUUAAACCAGACUAGGUAAGGAAGCUGGUGUGAAUUAAGAAACCCAGGAGAAAUCCUGGAUGAAGAGUGGACAAAGCUUCCCAUGUUGCCUUUUUCCCUUUUAAUAUACUCUACCCCAUUGCUAUUUCCUUUGCUGAGAUGCUGUUAUCUGUCUUGAGGGCAGUGCUUUUUUUUUCUUCUCUCCCCUUCACUGUUUAGUGCUCUUCCAUAAUUCACAUUGAAAUUGCCUAAUUUUUCCUUUUACAAAUCUACUUAUUCUUUUUUGUUUUGGACUGGCUGGUCAGACACAUUUCCACCUUAUCCCAUCCAACACAAUUAGUGGAAGUAAGGUUGCAUAUACCUGUCCUUCAGUUUCAGCCUUCUGUUGUAUCAUGCCAUGCUCUAAUCUUAUAGUUGGCUGGUCUACUCAAUCUCACCUGUCAAUAGUGCAGCACCUAAAUAAAAUAAAUGAAGUACUGUCCUUUUAUGGGUUCCUCACUAAUGAGCCUUUGUGGACAGUGAAUAUUUGGUUAUGUAGUAAAUCUGGUCACUGAAGGAGUUAAGAUAAAAGAUAAUCCAAAGAAUUAUUAUGUACAUUAAGGGCAAAAGAGUAGCUAGAGAGGGAAUAGGCCUCCUUAAAGAUGAACAGGGUCGCCUGUGUGGAGCCACAACAUGGGCAACGUAUUGAAUGAAUAACUUUCCGUUAUUUACUGUGGAGAAAGAUGUGGAUGGUAGGGAACUUGGAUUACGUAACAGUGAUGUCUUGACAAGAGUUCACAUUGCACAUUGCAGAAGAGGUGCUGGAAGUUUUAAAACACAUUAAGGUAGUUAAAUACCUGAUCAUGUAUAUCCUAGGACAUUGUGGGAAGCUCAGGAAGAAACUGCAGGACUCCUGGCAGAGAUAUGUGUCAGGGAUCACCACAGCUGAGGUGAUAGAAGACUGGAGGAUGCCUAAUGGUGUGCCUCUAUUUAAGAAAGGGGUGCAUGGAAAAAGCCUGGAAACUACAGACUGGUUAGCCUUGCAUCAUUGGGUAUGUUUGUAAGUGAUUCAGAGAGACUGGAUCUACACGUUGGAAAGACAUGGACUGAUUACGGAUAGUCAGAAUAUCUGUGGGAAAUUGUUUCUCAAAUUAGUUUUUUUUUAAAUCAAAAAAGGCAAGGAAAGAGCAAUAAAUGUUGUUCACAAGGUACUGCAUGGUAGGCUGGUGUGUAAGGUUAGAACACAUUGAAUCCAGGGCGAGUUGGCCUAUUAGAUAUAAAGUUGGCUUGAAAGAAACAGUGUGGUGAUGAAGGAUUGUUUUGCAGACUUGCAGCUUGUAACAAAUGGUGUGCCUCGAUUAAAUUCUGGAUGUGAAUGUAGGUGGCAUGAUUAGUAAGUUUGCAAAUUAAAUUGAAAUUGAUGGUUGUACUGGACUAUCUACAAUUAAAACAGGAUCUUGAUCAACCGAACCACUGGGCUGGGGAAUGACAGAUUUUAAUUCCAUGAAAGUGGGGACACAGGGUGCUGAAGGUGUUUGGUAUGCAUGCCUUUGUUGGUCAGGACACUGGGAUGCAAUGUCACAGCUGUACAAAAUGUUGGUAAGGCCAUAUUUGAAGCACUGUAUACAGUUCUGGUUGCCUUGCUGUAGGAAGACUAACAUGGAAAGCUCCCAAACUUGAGGAAGUUACUGGGAUUGGCGGCUUUCAGUUGGAAGAGGCUGGGUCUUUUUUUCCCUGGAGCAUUGGAGGCCAAGGGCUGGCCCUCAAGGGACAUCCAAUGAUGAGCAUAGAUAAGAUGAACAACAGUCUUUUCCCCAAGUAGGGGAGCGUAAAACUAGAGGGCAUGGACUUAAAUGAGAGGAGAAAGAUUUAAAAGUGACUUGAGGGCCAACUUUGAGGUGUGUACAGGGAAUGAGUUGUCCGAGGAAGAUGUGGAGUUUAAUGAUGACAACCAAGAUACUUGGACAGGAAAGUGACUAGCAAAGAUUGAGGGCUAGGAGCAGGUCAGUACAACUUGUUCAGUUAGGCAAUUUAGUUAGCUAAAGGGCCAGAUUAUAUCCUGUUAUUCUCUGCCCUCAUUAUCUUGCUCUUGGGUUUUGAAUAUUUGAUAUAUUUAAACCUCAAUGCUUGUAUUACUCAGUUAGUUAUCGACCCUGGAAUGUCUUGUGAGCAGCUGGGUGUUUGUACCGUUAAAUAAUUAACACUCAACUCAAUAAUUGGGACAGCCGUAAAUAUAAUGGUCUCCAGUCAGUGGAGCAAGGGAAUCUAAUCAACUAUUUUGUCAAAUGCCAAUGUGAAAGUUAAAUAUUGGAAUGGUACUAGUGCCUCUUGUUUAGACCCGUCUUCUGAAGGUAGCGAUUAGCAUUGAACUGUUUCUGCAUUGAUCUUGUCAGCAGUUGGCAUCCUUGAACAGUGGAAUCUUUUAAUUAACAUUCAGUAUUUUAAUCUCUUACCAGAAGCUGAACUGAGCCGAGGCUCAAGAAUCCCAUUUUUUAAAUGAUGGUAUCGCCAUAAAAGUGGGUCAGUCCCCCUUUUUAAAUUGUUUGGGUGACCAGAUUUAAUUUUUUAAAUCAAAGGUUUUCCCCCUUUUGUAAAGAUUAAUAAAAGCAUGAUUGAAUCAAUU